UUUAGAAAGAGAAAAUUGUUAUAGAAUUCACCCCAGCAUGAAAUCAAGGCCAAGCAGCAAUCAAUCAGCAUCAAAUUGACAACUCUCUCUCUCUACACACCGCUGGCAAAAAUUUGAAGACUUUUGAAACGAUACCAGGCUAUGGCCGGAGGCGGAGAGGGCGCCGCCACAGUGGGGGUCCGGAUCCACCCGGCGCGGCGGCUGCCGGACUUUCUACAGAGCGUGAAUUUGAAGUACGUCAAGCUAGGGUACCAUUACCUGAUCUCGCAUUUAAUUACGCUCUGCUUGGUCCCAAUCAUGGCAAUCAUCAUCAUCGAGGCGUCGCAGAUGAAUCCCGACGACGUGCUCCAGCUCUGGCUGCAUCUGCAGUACAACCUCGUAACGGUCAUAACCUGCUCCGCUUUUCUCGUGUUCGGAUCCACCGUCUAUAUCAUGACCCGCCCCCGACCCGUUUACCUCGUCGAUUACUCCUGCUACCGGCCGCCGGAGAGCCUCAAGGCGCCGUACGAGCGGUUCAUGAAGCAUUCCCGAUUGACCGGCGAUUUCGAUGAAUCGUCGCUGGAAUUCCAGCGGAAGAUCCUCGAGAGGUCGGGGCUCGGCGACGAGACCUAUGUUCCGGAGGCGAUGCAUUCGAUUCCGCCGAAUCCGUCGAUGCAGGCGGCGAGGGCGGAGGCGGAGGAGGUCAUGUACGGCGCGCUUGACAAAUUGUUCGCGAAUACGAGCGUUAAGCCUAAGGAAAUUGGGAUAUUGGUGGUCAAUUGCAGCUUGUUCAAUCCGACGCCGUCGCUGUCGGCUAUGAUUGUGAACAAGUACAAAUUGAGGGGGAAUGUGAAGAGCUUUAACCUUGGGGGGAUGGGGUGCAGUGCCGGCGUGAUUGCCGUCGAUUUGGCUAAGGAUAUGCUGCAGGUGCAUCGGAAUACCUACGCUGUUGUGGUCAGCACCGAGAACAUCACGCAGAAUUGGUAUUUUGGGAAUAAAAAGUCGAUGUUGAUCCCUAAUUGCUUGUUCAGAGUGGGAGGCGCGGCGGUGCUGCUCUCGAACAAGUCUAAAGAUAGGCGGAGGGCUAAGUACAAGCUGGUUCAUGUGGUGAGGACUCAUAAAGGAGCCGAUGAUAAGGCGUUUCGCUGCGUUUAUCAAGAGCAGGAUGAUGUUGGGAAGACAGGGGUUUCCCUAUCCAAAGAUCUCAUGGCCAUUGCUGGUGGCGCCCUCAAGACGAACAUCACCACAUUGGGCCCUCUGGUGCUGCCGAUAAGCGAGCAGCUGCUCUUCUUCGCCACAUUGGUGAUCAAGAAGCUGUUCAAGAAGAACGUCAAGCCUUACAUACCCGAUUUCAAGCUGGCGUUUGAUCAUUUCUGCAUACAUGCGGGAGGUAGAGCUGUGAUUGAUGAGCUUGAGAAGAACCUGCAGCUGCUGCCUGAGCACGUUGAGGCUUCGAGGAUGACUCUACAUCGCUUUGGCAACACUUCCUCGAGCUCCAUUUGGUACGAGCUCGCCUACAUUGAGGCAAAGGGAAGGAUGCGCCGUGGAAACAGAGUCUGGCAGAUUGCUUUCGGGAGUGGUUUCAAGUGUAACAGCGCGGUUUGGCAGGCCCUCCGCAGCGUGAGCCCAUCUCAAAAUGGGCCGUGGGAAGACUGUAUUAAUAGGUAUCCGGUGAAGGUAGUUUCCUAGCAUAUUAGAAUUGGCAUCUGUUUGACUCUUUACACAUGUUAUCUAUUGCUCUUUAGUUAAUGAUGUACUCUGCUAAUCUCUUCUUGUGAUAUUUGAUUUGAGGUGAUAA